UCCUAUAUGGAUGUGGAUUUUUUACUGUAUAGAGAUUGAAACCUGAAAAUUCAAGUUUCACGUGUCAAUUUCACGAAUCAAACGGUGUCCUUGGCUCGCUGGCUGCGGUAAACACAUAUCGGAAACUCGAAGUAGACAGUUCUCGAGAAAGCACCAACACUCGUCACGUGCGAGACUCGUGCAUACAGCCUAUAUAUCAGAAGUCAGGGCUUUUGAAAAUUGAAAAACCCGUUGGCCUGCUUUUGUUCCCGUCGUGAUGAUUAUAUCGUACUUUUAAGCGAGAUGGAAGACGUCCAGAAUAUACGAGUACGAGUUGCAGUAUAAUUUUGAAUUUAAUCUUAAAAAUAUCGUUUGCAACUGUCGAAAAAAACUCACUCUCAUAUUAUUUACAUUUAGCGCUCAUACCAUCACGCUUCAUCCACCUCAGAAACAUUAUUUAGUCUGAUGUCCCGUAUCGCGAAGAGGAGAUCGCCUGUACACAUCUCCUCCAAAACACUUUCUCCGUUUGUUCCGGAGCGAGUUUCGUCACACUGUACGCCAGAGCUUUAUGUAUAUACGUAGAUAUGUACGUACAUGAUGCACGAAAUCGAGAGGCGGAUACAAGCAAGUGUAAUUAUACGAACAAACGGUACACGUGUGCAGCGGCCGAUCGCGCGCUAUAAUUGGUCCAUUCAUUGUCUUUUUUCGGUUUCACUCGUGUGACCGCUGUGACGUGUGUUAUAUAUAUAUAUAUAUAUAUGUAUAUAUAUAUAUGUGUGUGUGUGUGUGUGUAUGGAUGACUGGGAAAAACAAGUAUACAAUAGAGACGGUUCGGUGUAUCGGAAAAGUUAAUCAACAAAAAAUGACUCGAUCAGCUUUUCACUUUCCUUUCUUUUUUUUGCAUACAUAAAUCUCGUAACGUUUUUGACCGCAUAGUAUACAGAUAUUCGGUGUACGAUUGGAAACGAUCAGCAAAAACGUUUUAUACGCGCGAGUAUUCGGUUGAACCGCUUCACGAAGGUCUAUAUAUACUACUUGCAAAAAUGGGGAUGAGCGUUUUCUCGUUAUAUGCGCGAUGGCGCACCCGCCCGUCGAGCAAAUGUUUAAUGCAAAGCGCGUAAGUCUUUCCGAAAAGAACACGCGCGUGUAUGCGCACCAAAACAAGCCUGCUUUAUAAAUAUAUAUAUAUACACACACACGCUCAAGCGGGGGAAAUGAAAAUGAGAAGGAUACAGCUCUUAGCUCGAGGAUGAUGACCUUCGCUCUAUUAUAUACACAUCAGGCCAGGAACGCAUUUUGACAGUCUAAAAUUUACUCAAUUACAACGCGCCGAUUUUCAAGCGAUAUCACUAUAUAAUGCUGCAUUUCACACACCGCAGCCGCUAAUUAUUGCCCGAAAAUAUCAUUACCAUAAAGCCGCACAUAACUAUUACAGCCGAGCGCACGAAUAGAUGCAAGUCAAAAAAAAAUAUAUAUAUAUAUAUAUAGUAGCUGUUGAUGCAGUGGGUCGUGAUGCAUAUACAUGCGCGGCGCAAUUAGCAAACACACGAAAUGGAUUCGCUGAAAUAAAUGCGUAUACUGGCUGAGAAAAAUCGGAGAUAUAUACCGAGGGUUAUACAUACAAUUAUCACGUCCAAUGGUACACACCAGAUGCUGUCGUCAUACUGUUCGCCGACUCGCGCAAAAAUCCCAUUAUGCGCCACACGCGGGCUUUGCUCAACGAGUUUACACGAGAGAUAUUAUAUACGAAGGUGUAAGCGCGUCUGUGUGCAUGGAGAUGAGUCCGCUUUUCAGGGUCUCGAGUCUAUGGGUCGGCCGUCUGUAAUUUUAAGCACGUUUGCCGUCUAUUGCCUAUUUUGUAAACAGAUUUUCGAGACAAGGCGGCGCGCUGUUUCGAAAAUGAGAUGAAGAAGCCGAUAUGAAUGUUCAAGUCGAAACGUCGCUUUUUAGUUGGACUUUGUACAAAUACAUAUACGAAUUGUUAAUAAUCUCGCGGUGCUGCUGUUAUUGUAAUUAAAUAGAAAGUUCGCUUAUGUAAGCGCGAUAUCAUAUAUGCGCGCGAGUGCGUGUACCUUCGCGACAGGAGGUAAAUGUUGUAUUGUACGAGUGUAUUAUAAAUCUUCAAUUUCUUCUCGCGCAUUUUGAUUUUAAGGAACGAGUUUUCAAACGUGUGCAAGCGAACGCCAGUUGCUUCUCCACUUUUUCUGUAUACCGGUUCGAAAACCUUUCUUAUGUAAACUAUAACGUAAGCGUAAUCUGCUUGGAUUAUUUGAUAUAGAAUUCAUAUAGUUUAAAAAAUCACUAUAGCACAACAGAGUGAUGUCAUUUGAUUCGCGAGCAUCGUAGGUUGCUCGCAAUGACUUCUAAAAUCCGUCAAACUGACAGGCUGAAUUAGACGUUUCUGAGUCGGAUUACCCGAUCGUUAGAAGAAGAACCUCCCAGUGAAAUAAUCUAUUUCUACAGGCCGAUACAACAACAUCGUUAUUGCUAAAAAUGCCCGCCCACGUGGUUCCUUCACCCGGAAAGCUCACAUCCGCGACAACAAAAAGCAAAUCCGUCACGCACGAAACCGCGCCGUUAUAAUAAUCCUGUCCCCUAAAAAAAAGGAACAGCGACCCGGACCCCGAAAGGGGACCGACAAGUACAGAAUUAUGCAACGCACGAUUCGCCACACGACGAUAUAUCUGGUUUUUCCAAGAGCGCGAUGGAGUCUUUCUUCCGAGACGUGUAUAUUAUACUCUUCCCGAGAGUGAGAGACGCUUCGUGCGAGCCCCUCCAACCGGUCGGCUAUAUAACGCAGCCGGUCGCCGCCGUCCCGGUCACUCGCUCGAGCUCCACGUUCUCGGUCGCGUCCGUUUUAUACAGCCACUCUCUACGUUAAAUAGAACACUUUGAGAAGAUGAAGGUCUGCGCGUUCGUCCUGUGCUGCGCAGCUCUGCUGCUGGUCGUCGAUGCCGCCGAGUACACCAGCAGAUACGACGGUGUCGAUGUCGACAGGAUUCUCCAGAACGGACGCGUGCUUGGCAACUACAUCAAGUGCAUGCUCGACGAGGGAUCCUGCACUGCCGAGGGCCGUGAACUCAAGAAAACUCUUCCCGACGCGCUGGCCACCGGCUGCCAGAAAUGCAACCAGAAGCAGAAAGAGACCGCCGAGAAGGUGAUCAAUCAUCUGAUGAACAAGCGACCUGCUGACUGGGACCGACUUAUCAAGAAGUAUGAUCCCAAGGGCGAAUUCAAGAAGCGUUUCGAGGCGACGGGAAAGAAGUUCUAAAUUAAAACGAGUCAUCUAAGCUUAUGAGAUUUACACAUGUAUUUCCUCUUGUCGUUGCGAGAAACAUUCUAAGUUUCUCACUUGUUUUUAUACAGAAAUGACGUUUUAUUUGUAGUUGAAAUUCAUCAAAAAUUUGUUUCAUAGCUUAUCUAUUUGACGUGAAUAUCUGUCUUGAACAUCGCGUUCACAAUCAAGUUUAAAAAAAAUCUUGUAGUUCGUGAUUCAUAACUAAUGGCUUAUACUCUUGCACUCAACACUCAUUGAAGUAUUCAUUCUACACGUCGUUUUUUGACUAGGGACCCAAGCUGAAACAAUAAAAAAAAAAUGGAUAAACUUUAGAUGGCUAAACUUACAAUAAAAAUAAAGACUGCUGAAUUAUUGUUACUCCAAAUAAAUAAAUAUUGUAAUAAAUAAGUUAAUAAUAAAUAAAUGAAUAAAAAGCUA